UUGGAAAAAUGAGGCUCUGUACAUAUUUGCUGCUGAGUUUCUUGGUUGUGCGUGCAUCACCAGAACCUCGGAAGCUGAGUAUUCUGGAGCCGCAGCAUCAUGUAGAGUUCACCAAUGAUACUGGCGUAAUCCUUACCUGCUCCACGAGGGGAGCGUACCAGCUUGACUGGUUACUCGUGGACAACACGCCAGUGACGUCAAUAGCGGGUCUUCGGCGGGUGUUGACCAAUGGCUCCCUGGAGUUCCCCCCAUUUCCGGCUAACCACUUCCGGCGUGACGUCCAUACCGCCACAUACCGGUGUCGGUUAAGGCUGAAGAGCGGCUUCGCUGUUCUAUCAAAAAACAUUCACGUGCACGCGUUAGUAAAUACGCCAUGGGAGGUGCAUGUACCAGAUGAGUACGUGAUGUCGGGCAACGCAGCUGUUCUCCGUUGCGUGGUGCCACCACAUUGCGCCGAGCGCGUCGCCGCGACUGAGUGGUUCGCGGAUGACGACACCAGUGUGUUCCCUUACUUAGGUCCAAAUUACGAGCGUCUAGAUGAUGGCUCACUGUAUAUAGCUGCGGUCAGCCCAGAUGAUCGCUACACCAUAUUCAGGUGUAGGGUACGGGAUAGAGUUACUGAUCAUACCUACACUAGUCAAUAUUAUGGUCACGUUAUAGUAACAGAACCAAAAGGGCAAGUACGCCCGCGAGCAGCAGUUGAAAUGCGCUCGCGCAGAGUUCAAGUGGGGCAUGAUGUGCGGAUACCCUGCGCUGCACAUGCGUGGCCAGUUCCUACUUUUAGAUGGUUCCGAGAGCAUCAUGAGCAAUUAAUACCUAUAGAAAAGUCAGGGCUAUGGCCCCGAAUGAGGACACAACGUGGUCUCCUGCAUAUCAAGUCCGUGCAAAGAGAAGAUGGAGGCAGAUUCGUCUGUUGGCUGAACAAUACUGCUGGAACGGAGUCUGUUCACUUCACACUACUUGUUACAGAAUCUAUAUCCGUGCGAAUAAGGCCCGAUACAAUAAGACCGAAAUUAAACGCUUACAUAAGCAUGGACUGCAAAAUCUCUGGACAUCCCAUUGAAGUCGUUUACUGGAUACACGAUGGCAAAUCCGUGAAGGACACAGACAGAAUCUGGGUAUCAGAAGACAGACUAAGAUUACAUAUCAAAAACACACAAAUAAACGACCAAGGAAUCUACCAAUGUUUCGCGAGUAAUACCAGAGAUCAAGCCUACGGAAUUGCGGAGGUUUUAAUAGAUGUGUCGGAGAACAAUCGUGGUGUCGGCAAUCGGUCCCGUCGAGCGCCAUACGCACGCAGCACACACACACACGACGCCGACUGGAACUUCACGGGAAAUAGAGAAUCAAAACCAGAACUAGUUUACUGGUUUUCCGAACAGACCCUACAACCUGGUCCAAGCGUGUCCCUUAAGUGUGUGGCGAUGGGCCACCCACCACCUCAAUUCACCUGGACACUGGACGGGUUUCCUAUACCCACUAAUUCUCGGUUCGUCGUUGGGCAGCACGUGACCCUACAAGACGACGUAGUUAGCCAUCUCAACGUCAGUCGUGUGACAGAACAAGAUGGCGGCGAGUACGCGUGUGUUGCCGCCAACACCGCGGGAAAAGCAAGUCACGCCGCCCGAGUUAACGUCUAUGGUUUGCCCUAUAUUCGUGAAAUGCCAAAAGUGACAGCUGUCGCUGGCAGUGAUUUGAAUAUAAAAUGUCCUGUUGCUGGAUAUCCAAUUGAAGCAAUCACAUGGGAAAGAGAUGGCCAAACAUUGCCAUUGAAUCGCCGUCAGAAAGUCUUUCCGAACGGUACAUUAAUCGUCGAACAGACCCAACGGGGCGAGGACGCCGGUACCUACACCUGUCAGGCAUCUAACAGACAACGUCAUGUUGCCAGACGAGAUGUGGAAGUCCAAAUAUUGGUCCAGCCAAAGAUAUUGCCCAUACAGCCUUUGACGAAUUUACUGAGGGAGGGAAUGCGGGCCGCUAUCUCAUGUCAGAUACUAGAGGGUGAUUUGCCGAUUGCCUUCCGAUGGGAGAAAAACGGGCAGGCUGUGACGUCGUCGCCGUACGCGCCCAGCGGGAUUAUUACUAGGCGAAUGGACGAGUACAGCGCCUCUCUUGUGAUUGAACACAUAACGUCCCUUCAUAGCGGGAAUUACACAUGCAUCGCAUCUAAUGUCGCUGGCUCCGAGCGGUUCACUGUGCCGCUAACUGUUAACGUUCCACCUCGCUGGAGGCUUGAGCCAAAUGACAUCGCGGUAGCAUCAGGUCAAGAUGUCACUCUACAAUGCCAAGCAGAUGGCUACCCGAGACCCAUUAUUACAUGGAAGAAAGCUGUUGGUAAUACACCUGGGGAAUACAAGGACUUCAUGUUUGAAGGCAGCUCGAGGGUUCUUGAGAAUGGUUCGCUGGUCUUCGAACGAGUGGCCAAAGACAGUGAGGGGCAUUACCUUUGUGAAGCGAGGAACGACAUCGGAGCUGGGCUUAGCAAACUCAUAUUUCUCAAAGUUAAUGCCCCAGCCCGCUUUCCAAUGAAGAGUAAGACGGUCCAGGUGACAGCCGGAGAAGCUGCUCACCUGCAAUGCGCUGCUUCGGGAGACGCGCCCCUUGAGCUCACGUGGCGCAGCCCUCAUCAUCAUACUAUCGCCCACCAUUUGGAUCAAAGAUACACAAUACGUGAACAAGUCCUGGACGAUGGGCUAGUGUCGGAGUUGAGUAUAUUACAGACAUACAGACAAGACACUGGUGCCCUCACUUGUCGAGCAUCCAAUGCGUACGGACAGGACGAAAUGCUCAUACACCUAGUCGUACAAGAGGUACCAGAAAUGCCAAAGAAUAUAAGGAUAAUAGACCAACAGUCAAGAUCUAUACAAAUAUCGUGGACACAGCCAUACGCCGGCAACAGUCCUAUUAUAAACUACAUUCUUCAAUAUAAAGAAGCUCCAGAACCUUGGCCCACGACGCCUCAAAAAGUAAUAGUUCCUGGUAGCGUGACGUCAGCAAGUGUACAAAAUCUUCAACCAGCCACCUCCUACCACUUAAGGAUUAUCGCUGAGAAUCGCCUGGGCCAAAGCGAACCAAGUCAAUUGGUACAAGUGACUACUACAGAAGAAGUUCCCAGCGGUUCACCUAUAGAUGUCCGUGUGGAGGCAAAAAGCUCUACGGAAUUAAUCGUCACGUGGGAUCCACCCCAAAAGGACUUGUGGAAUGGAAACAUUCUUGGAUAUUACGUGGGAUUUCAGGAGCUCAAUAACAACAGUACAAUACUGAGCGCGAGUGGGCCGGGAGGCGCGUCGUACACAGUUCGUACUGUUGAAGGCACGGGCAGUGCGCGAGCUCGCACCACGUUAUCCGGUCUUCAGAAGCACACGCCGUACGCUGUUGUGGUCCAGGCGUAUAAUAGUAGAGGUGCGGGGCCCGCCUCGCCCCCAACCACUGCUACUACUAUGGAAGACGUACCAAGUCUUCCCCCCGGUUCACUGACGUGUUCCGCUCUGAGCUCUCAGUCCGUACGAGUGAAUUGGGAGCCUCCGCCGAUGCGAGGACGUAAUGGAGUGUUACAGGGGUUUAGGGUGACAUAUGCGCCUGUCACCGAUUGGUAUGGAAGCGAAGAUGCUGUAACAAAGCAGAUAUCAGGCCUGCACACAACACUGUCAGGGUUGCGUCGCUUUACGAACUAUUCCGUUACUGUGUGUGCGUUUACUGCAGCAGGGGAUGGUGUGAGAGCCGCCCCUGUUUACUGCCAUACCGAGGAAGAUGUGCCAUCAGCACCAGCUGAUAUAAAAGCGGCAGUAUCAUCGAGGAACAAGAUUCUCGUGUCAUGGCUUCCACCUGCCUCACCCAACGGCGUACUGGUGGGCUACACUCUUUAUAUGAGUGUCAUUGAAGACGGGAGAGAAGAGGGUACCCACAAACGCAUGUUAUCUCCAAGUACCCUCACACAUGAGACAUCUCGAUCCCCAUCUCGAGCCACGCAUCAGUUCUGGGUCUCCGCUUCCACGAGACUUGGGGAAGGAGACACGACUAGAGUCGUCACUGUGCUGCCCUCUGACUCUGUGCCAGCACGAAUAACAUCGUUCAGCCGUAGUAUAGUUACACCGUGGAAGGAGAACAUUUCCCUCUCAUGCAAUAAAGUUGGUAUUCCCACACCUUCAACCACUUGGAGUAUGAACGGCGCUAUACUGGAAUCUACUUUACGCAAGAAUGUUACAAGUGACGGGACGCUUAUUAUAAGCAUGACCCAAUACGCGGACAGCGGUAACUACACAUGCCUGGUAGAGAACCAACAUGGCCACGAUGACGUGACAUACAUAGUGGAGGUGAAAGUCCCCCCGCAGCCUCCAGUGCUAGCUGUGGUGGACUCCUAUGCGGACUCCCUACAUCUUCAGUGGAGCGAUCAGGGUGACGGAGGCAGUACUAUUUUAGGAUACGUAAUAAAUUACAAACGGGAACAUGGCGAUUGGGAGGAGCUCCAAGUGGAAGCUGGUACUUCGGAACACGUCCUUCCAAACCUCUGGUGCGGGACUCGGUACCAGCUUUACAUCACCGCCUUUAAUCGCAUCGGGACUGGUCUGCCGUGUGAUAUCGUACAUGCUUAUACUAAGGGCACUGUUCCAGUAAAGCCCAAGCAUUCCCAAAUGAUAACAUUGAAUACCACAACUGUGACGGUAUGGCUCGACUCUUGGGGAGAUGGUGGUUGUGGAAUACUGUACUUUGUCAUAGAGUAUAGAGAAGUCAGCCAAACACAGUGGCGCUUAGUAUCGAACAGCGUGCAAGCAACGGAGCGGGUGUUCAGCGUCACCGGGCUCUCUCCAGCCACACAUUAUCAACUUCGGAUAACGGCUCAUAACAACGCCGGACACGCUCUCGCUCUUUACAACUUUACCACUCACUCACUCAGCGGUAUGUUGGAAGGAGAGAUAUCUCCAGCGGUACCGGCUGCAGGGGCGAGGUCUUUAGGAGGUGCAAGAGUUAUACUGCCUGCAGCGUUAUCUCUUCUAGUCUUGGCUGCCCUCAUUACAAUUGUGCUACUUGUUAGAAGAAAUAAGACGAGUGGUACAGAGACAGCAGUGACAGAGAGCGGAGCAGGCGAAUCGCCGUCUGUCGCACAGCUUCAGAACAAAGUCAAUCGCGACCAGCAGUAUUUGGCUGCGCGUGCGCAUCUUCCAAACCCAACGCAUCACUAUAAACACGCAUCUAAUGAAUACAUAGAAGACAUCUGCCCAUACGCGACGUUCCAGUUGACCAAACCGAGUGCGUAUAGCGAGAGCAGCUACAGCGGCAACGUCUACAGCGGCCCUUACCACUCCGUGAGGGGCUCCUUUGUCUACCAUGAUGUUAAAAAGAAUGAUAAAUAUAAGGGAAAAGAACCGGAGUACACGAAAGUCCGAAGAAAAGGAAAUAGACUUCGAGACCCGUUAUCCGAGAGCCAAGAGUCGGACAACUUGGGAUCGACGGAUUCGGAGGUGAAGAAGAUACUAACGCUGCACCUGCCCAUUACAGAGUACGAGGAUGAUGUCAGCGACGACGCGAGCGCCCCGCACUCGGACAGCGAACGCGCCGCCCCGCUCAGGCCUGCGCCGCCACCCACAUAUCCGACAGUAGAGCGCGAAGAGUCAUCAUCGUCAUCAGAGAACUCGGUGGCGGGCGUGGUCCGGAAGGCGUUUCCCUCGCGAAAGGGAAAGGCUGGUGUUGGCAAACGGCACGUGAGGUCUUCCAGCGGUUACAGCAGCCACAACGACGAGACCACCUUCAGUAUCUCGAACUACCCAUCAUUCAACGAUCACAUCCACCCUCCGUCCCGGUUCUCAGACGACACGGAGUGCGAGGGUCACCCCCGGGACAGACGCAAGCGACACGGGCACGACUCCAAGGUCUCCAGGGAAGCCUUUCAAAUCAAUGUCUGAGAGCCCAUAAGGGGGACUAAAUUAACUACUAAAAACUAAAAUCUCAAGACAGUCCCCACGAGUACAUGUGAUUUAUUGAGAAAGUUUAAGGCUUUGGAUUAAAGGAGUUAAUAGGAAAGGAAUAUAAACUCAUUAGUUCAUACAGGAAUCGUAAACCUGUUAAAUCCGAAAUAGGAAACGCAAAGCACUUUGAAAUACAAAAAAAGUACGAAGGAAGUUUUCUAAGUACUUUAAAAUUGUAUGUAAUGUAAAAUACACAUUUCAACAACUAAAAUUAAUAAAACCCUAAUACAAUUCGAAAGAAUUCAUUGUAAUUUUACUCAUGGUCGUGGUACUUUAGGCAUUUUUACUUUAAAGGCUCUGUGCUAAGGUUUCGAUUUUUGUCAAGCAUUCAUAUAUCUUGUCGAUUAUUGGUAGAUCUAAGUACAAAUAAAAAUCAAGUAUCAAAAUCUAUUCUUUCGUGUACCCAGAACUCGCUGCACGUCUUUUCCUUACGAAAAUUAAUUGUAACUAUUCGUUUACGUAAACUAUUCGAUUUAACCGACCGUGCUAAGGAUAUGGCAUGUCCUAAUUUAUAAAAAUAAAUAUGGCAAUGAAAUUAUAAUGGAACUGUAAAUUAUAAAAUACCCUGGCCUAUUGAUUAGAAGAAGUAUUUUAAUAAAAGAGUUAUUCGCUUGGAACCCCGCAAUGUUGCCAAAAUGUCUGUACAUAUAUCGUGUAGAUAGAUAGGUUUAGCCAAUAACUAGUGCCAUGUAACACAAUAAACAGUUUUGUACUAUGUACUCUUUGGGAUAUUCAAAGUUUAUGAAUAUUAUGAAUGUAUUAAAAUUUAUUCGUAAUUUCGAUUGCGAGUUCAACAGAGCUUUUACGUCAUGUCUAGCCUAACAAAUGAUAUAGACUCUAUGGUCAUAAUGGCCAUGAAUAGUUGAAAAAUGUUUUGUUGCGUUCAUAGUGACACGUUGAAUAGAGACAAAACAUUGUAUUUUGUUGUCAUUGAAGUAUUUGACAGCUCUGUUACACUCGCUUGUGUUAUUUAAAACUAUCAGCUUGGGGCUCUUAAGCCGUGUAAAUAACUGUUGUAUUAAAUGUAUUGACGAGUAUCGAAUAUUAUAACUAAGAAGAACAAUAAUUAAAAGUAAAUAUAUAUUUUAAACUUAAUGCCUUAUUGACCAAAGUCUUAAAACUAGUUACGAUAUAAUAAAAAGUUAUAUCCAUAUAAAGUAUGACUUGUUUGAUUGUUGUAAAUUUUAUGGAAACCUGAGUUUUCAUUAAUACGCUAUAUAACUUCGAAUAUUGAAAUAACGAACUAUAUAAUACAUACUUUUCGAUGCACUCCGGUUCUAUAUCUAAUAGUAAUUGCUACGGCCUACGAGUCGUAUAUUAAAGAAAUGUUCGUCUAAAAAAAUACGUACGUCGAAAUCGUAUAAAAAAAAUUGACAUCUAUCAUAAUUAGGUGUAGACAACCUUGUUUAUGUAUUUCGUGUUAGAAAAGAAACCUGUCUAAGCGUUUAUAUAUUUAUGAACCGAUAAUAGAUAUCUUGCAUUUAAUGAUGUCACUUCUUGAUAAGUAAUUGAUCUUAUACUAUUAAAAAUAUUUGCUACUGCCAUUACAUCAACCAUUUCAUCCAUAUUGAAAAGUCCACCACAAAUUUGACAGGUAAUAAUAAUUAAUAUCUGUGGUAAUACUAUGAGGAACCGUUCUACGGUUCAUAUAAUUGUGAAACUUGUGGGGCUGGUAUUACUUUUCGAAAUGGCUGAUAUUAUAUACGAUCAAUAUACAUAGUCAUUCCGUCACAUAACAUUUGUAGCUGACGCUUGACAGCUGGCAAACAGACCUUCCUAAUUAAUAUAUUCCUCGGGUAAUGUUAUAUAUCAUAAGUAUCGAACAAUCCUCGGUAGGGGCGUCGCUAUAUGGUUCAGUUCCUGUACUCUGUUACCUACGGAUGUAUUGUAUACAGUUUGGUGGUUCACUCAAUAUCUGUAGCGCUGUUGUUUCUUAAGAAUCGCGUGGUACAAAACUCAAAAUUACUCCUCGCUGUCCUAGAACCCUUAGCGACGCCCUUGCUCCUCAAUGAAGAGUAACAAGACAAUACCUUUAGUUUUUGGUAAAUACGGCAGAAAGUUAAUGUAUCGAGUAGGCAUAGUUUAUGAAUGUUGGUGACAUUUUGUAUUGGACCUUACACGGAUUCAUUUAAGUUAAUUCCAAUGAAGACUGCCCUAUUUUUAAUUAAAAUCUAUUUUAUAUAUCUAGGCACAAAUACUUUUGCUAGUCAAACGAAGUUAUACAUUGUGUAGUUGUAGUAUUAGUUUACUGUUACUUAUUAUCGACUGAAGUAAUUUCGUAAGCGACUGUGGUUUAAUUGUUAUAAUCAUGCUUUUAACAUUGUCACAAAACUUCUCCGUCUCAAAUACUUUCUCGCAUAUCAAACGCUAUUGCAUAGACUUUCGUUUCAAUGAAGCGAUUUGAUUAUAACAAUUAGCUAGAAUCAAACUAGAGACUAAUUCCGUCUCAACACAACGAAGUCGCCCCAUCUGACUGGCAAAUUUACUCCUUAUCAUUUCUAGACAAUGUACCAUAUCAUUUUAGUAUUUUGUUAUAUACUCGUACGCUGUAAGUUAG